AUGAAACAUGUAUUUUUGAUAUAUUUCAACAAACAAGCUAAAUUAACAUGUGUUGUAAUUGGUAUUAAUCUUAAUUAUGUACAAUUAAAUACAAAAAUAGCAAAUGUUACUACACAAGAUGAUACAAUAUCUAUAAAUACCAUAGAAAAAGCAAGAAGUGAUUUUAAUAUGUCCAUUGAUGGAAAUGAACAAGGUACAUAUCAUAUAUGA